GUCCAAAACAUAAACCAGAUUCAGCAUGCUAACUGGAUUACUGCCCUUUUUGUCUUUUUCCAACUUUACCUAAUUACCUCUCCUCCCCAUUUGCUACUAUAGUAACUGUCCAUAAAUGGGUGAAGUGAAGCACACAAGGUAAAUUCCUAUUCUCGUACUUCCAUAGUUAACCAAACCAAAUGUCUGGUUAUUUGUUGAUUUUAGUAUGCUGUUUGCUUGUCAGUUAGUCAGUCUCUUCUAAUUUUACUUUCCUUGUUGCAGGAAAAAAGCCUCUCUACAGCGUAGCCUCCACUUCAAGUCUUUUUUAUGAGUACUCUGCCUUCCUUUUUCCCUUCAACGAAUUCUGCACUUUUUGGGUCAUUACUCAUGAAUUGUAACCCACGAUUAAAAAUACUAAGAUCAUCUGCAACGGCUUCCACUUCUCUAUUUCAUUUUGACGUGGCAGUUUGUCUUUCCCAUUUCAUGGAUGUACAGCCUAUUUCACAAGGUGGAAGAUUUCACUAGAGUCGUUUGGGAGUUGCGAUUGUUUUGUUGAGAUUGUCAUUAUGCAUGUAUUGUUUACAAUGCAUCGUUUUUUUGUUUUUUUAGUGAUUGUUAUAUCUCAACUUUUAGUUGUGAUUGUUGAGAUAGUUGAGUUGAGAUUGUUUUGUCUCAGUUUUUAGCUGAUGCGACAUACACAAUCACACAUACCAAACGUUGUAUUCUACAAUGCAUCAAAUUCGACAAUACAUGUAUAAUAUUAUACAUGCAUUCUCAACAAUACAUCUAUUUAACAAUCGCAACUUCCAAACGACCCCUAAAUGAAAUAGUAGAUGACAUAGUGAGUGGGUCGGAAGUGGACCUCUUCCCACUUUUUGCUCCUUCGUUAUUUUUUUUUAUAAUUUUUUUGAUUAUUUGAAUUGAAAUUGUGUUCUUUUGUUUUUAACUACUAUUUAUUCUUUGUUAAUUAUAAUUUAAGACAAUUUUUUUAUUAUACAGAUAAAUUUAUUAAUUUUUUAUUAAUUAAUUUUUUGAAUUACGAAAGCGUAAUACGAAAUCAAAUACACAUACACAUAGUAUCGAUUUGGAGACGAUCAGAAGAUGAGAAGUACGAUGAUUAAUCUAUUAUCGUUUCUAUGUAUUUUUAUUACAUGUGUUUAUAUGAAAUAGUAAUUGCGUUAUGCACGUGUGUUUAUUUGAAAUUGUGAUUGUGUUAUGUAAUUUGUCAUUCUGCAAUUGUGAUUGUGUUAUGUAAUUAUUUGAUACCACUUAAAUUGGUAAAAUAAUAUAGGUUAGAUAAAAAUGUAUAGUUGUAUUAAAAAAUAAGUUGGGUCCACCAUAUGAAAUAGAUAGUGAAUUUCAUUGAUGUUGACUAGAUGGAAGUGAUAUGUAAUGGAACAAAAAAAGUUGAUGAUGUGACGGUAGGAGCCACAUAUGAAAUAGAAAUGGUAUUUCAUGUACGUGGAUGGUCUGAAACACAAACAAAUCAAAAGCCACGUAUGCAGACACGUGGGACCCUGUGGCUCGGACACGUGGCGAGGAAGACAGCAGACAGCAAGGUGGCAGUGAGGGAUCGAGCCAAGAGAAGAGCUAAAUGAUGAAUCAAAAUGUUUGGUGUUUUUGUCGUUAAGGUUGUUGCUAUGGAACCACGUACUACGUUGAUCAUUAAUCCUCUCCUUAAUUGUACCACCUUUGCCCUACCAAGUCGACAGUACUCAGAUAAUAUAUAUACACAUGUAUUAUGUGACAUGAUCAUUCUUUGUUUUCAUGUUCAUCAAUGUAAUGUUUGUACGUGGAUGGACUGUUAUUCAGGACUUUGUUUUCAUGAUGUCUUUUGAGUACAACUGAAGUUGUGGGUGGAUAGAGAUGGAGAUGACCCACGAUACGACACUCUAACGUUUAGGUAGAUGAGUGUAUAUGAUAGAAUCCCGAUGGAUUGAAUUUUUGGCUAUCAUAAUCGGGGCCGGAAGGAAGAGAAUCGAAUGAGUUAUGGAUUGAGAUAUAAUUAGAGGCUGAGAAGAGAAUCGGGGAAGAACAAGAAAUGAGGAUUAUGGAUUUAGAAGAUGAAAUUGGACGGAAGAGGGAAGUAUGGUCGGCAACCUUAAGAAGAGGAGAGUCGAGAUUCAUAGAAUUGAGAGAAACAUAAAUUAGGAUUCGGGAUAAUUCUUUCUACCGUUCCGUCUAAUGAUCAUAAAGGAAUAUCAACGUAAAUAUAUAAUAAGAAAAUAUGCCAGUACAAAACAUGGACUUUAGAACGAAGAUAGAAUACCAAGGAAAAUAGAGACACAAUUAAGAACCAAAAUCAAGAUGCAUGCAUGAGCAUGGCCUCUAGUUUCCCUAAACCAAUUCCACUUAAUCUCCAACACUAAUCAUUCUUAAUGGAAAGUCUUAAAAAGAGGAUUAUUGUUAAUAUAGCUUAGCUAGAUGCUUCUUUGAUUGCGACUUGUAUGAGUUGAGAGAAUUCCUUUGCCACGAAGAUAAUAAAAAUGAUUUCCUGCUUUAUUAAUUUUGAGCUCUCAACGUCGUUAUUAAUUUGUUUUGCUGUGUAGGCUAAAAUCCAAACCACUAAAGAGCAACUUAAAAGAGGAAACGUGGGCGGUGGAUAAUUAAAUAAAGUUUCCAGCAAAUGAAUACGUGUAAUUAUAAUUUCAUAUAUUUUACAAAUAAAAAAAAUGGUCUUUGAUAAUUUGUCAGUGAAAUUUUGAAAAUUAUUUUUAGAGUGGUUUGCCAUCUAAAUCUCUAAAUCGUAAACAAUUCAAAAAAAGUUAAUUUUAUGGGUCGUUGAAAAAAUAUUUUAAAAUAUUCAUUGUUUGGUAACCGUGACGAUUAAAAUUCAAUCUAAAAUAAUCAUUUUAAUUAUUUACCAAAUGAUAUUUAUUCUUAACUAAAAGAAUACAAGUGAUUCGAGAAAUAUUAAGAUUUAAAUUGAUAAGUGAAUAUGGAGGGAUAAAUGAAAAGGGAACGGAUAAAAGCAGAAGGAGAAAAAUAUCAUAAACCAAGAAAUAGAAUCACUCUGAUUACGAGAGAUGUGAUACUCAAUUUUAGAUAUUCUGAAUCUCUAAAACUAAAAUACGUGAUACAAAAGACAGCAAAAUAACAUAAUUUUCUUUUAAAAAUAUCUAUCAAUUCAAAGAAUCCAUAUUCUAAAUCUUUUCCCUCAAAUGACCCCUUAGUCAAACACACAUCGUAGCAUAGGAGAACUGAAAUGAAAAAAGUGUAUUAUAAUGAUGAGGUUGUACGAAUUCAUGUAUAAUCAAAAGGUCGUAGUUAGUCACAGUUGAUCCAAAAUUCCAUUAGUACUUAUACUGCAAUUUCCCCCACCCAAACUCUAAUCAAAUCAAACCAAUAUGACCAUUUCAGCUCUCCUUUGAACUAACAAUUAAAAUUCCCCAUGUACCCAAUUACUACAAAGUACAAACCUUCAAUUCCCACCCUCCCACCCAUUUCAGUGCUUGACUGAAUCUGACUUGACUUUGACUAUGCCCAACAUCCUUAAUGACACAGUCUAAUUACAUUGUAUUCUCCCCACCUCCAUUAAUUAUCGAUUAGCAUUUCAUUAAUUAGCUUAUUAAUUAAUCAAGAUUGCAUUAAGAU